UCUCCCCCGACCAUGUCGAUUCCGCCUGGGCUGGUAUACCUUGGACGCCUCCUCCCCGUCGCAGUAUCGCCAGCGCUUGCUACCUACGCCGCAAAAGCUCUCGCCACAAACAUAUGGGCCGUGUCCAUCCCAUCUUGGGCAACGACACUCGCUUGUCUUCUCAGUGGACCUAUCACGCUGUUGCUUUCGGUGGAGAUCAGGCAAUGGCGGCUGAGGAGAGAGGCUGCGAAAGUGGGAGCGGUGCUUGCCCCAGUUGCACCUGGAAUGUGGGGCGGACUGAAGGUCCUAUUCAUCAACAUCCAGGACAUGUACCCAGGCGAGGGCAUUGUUACUAUCUCCAAUACCAUCGGAAACACCUUCACCUCUGCUCUGUUCUUCCAAGACCAACUAUACACCUCUGAUCCGGAGAACAUCAAGGCCAUUCUCGCCACAGACUUCAACAGCUUCGAGAAAGGCGCCGAGUUCCGUGGAAUCAUGGAGCCGCUACUUGGGACUGGAGUCUUUGCAGCUGACGGCGAUAUGUGGCGCUUCCACCGACAAAUGACGCGUCCGUUCUUCAACCGCGCCCGAAUCAGCGAUUUCGCGCUCUUCGACGAGCAUGCCCUCCACGCUUUGGCACUUUGCAAGAAACGACUGAAUGAGGGGUACCCGGUGGACUUUCAAGACAUGGUGGGCAAAUUCACGAUGGACACGGCUACAACGUUUCUGUUUGGGCGAGAUGUGCGAAGUCUCGACGAGGGACUGGUAUAUCCACACCAUAUGCAGCCAGCCAAAGCAUCCGCGGCGGCUUCGACACACGAAGCCUCGUUCUCAACGGCGUUCCAAGAAGCCCAGCUGGUGACCGCCUUGCGUGUACGAUUGGGGCCACACUGGCCGUUGGGCGAGUUUUGGAAAGACAAGCUUGAGCAGCCCUUGGGGGUGGUACGGCGAUUCUUGGAUCCAAUUCUGAAAAAGGCGAUCGAGCGGAAGCGGGCGAAAGGACUAAAUGACACGCUCGAAAAAGUGGAGGGGGAAAUUGUGGAGAGAGAAGUCGAAGAAGGCGAGAGUAUGCUGGACCAUUUGGUCAAUUAUACAGAAGACUACACAAUUCUACGCGAUGAAAUUCUCAAUAUAACAGCCGCCGGACGCGACACCACUGCGUGUCUGCUCACAUUCACUGCCUAUAUGCUCGCAGAACACCAAGAUGUCCUAACCAAGCUGCGCGGAGAGAUUUUGCGUCAGGUUGGCCCAACGCGGGCACCGACGUUGGAGGACUUUAGAGACAUGAGGUACAUGCGGGCUGUUUUAAAUGAAACCCUCAGACUAUACUCCCCUGUGCCAUUCAACAUGCGGUAUUCUUCCCAACCUACCGUUUUCCGACCAAGCGAUGGUGGAACGCCAAUAUAUGUUCCAGCUGGAAUGAGGACGCCGUAUUCGACAUUUGUGAUGCAUCGCCGGACAGACCUCUGGGGACCAGAUGCGGUGGAAUUCGACCCAGAGCGGUUCUUGGAUGAGAGAUUGGGGAAGUACCUGACGCCGAACCCAUUCAUCUUCCUGCCGUUCAAUGCUGGGCCCCGAAUUUGUCUGGGACAACAAUUCGCGUACCAUGAGGCGUCGUUCUUUCUUGUUCGUCUGUUGCAGACUUUUUCCAGCUUAUCCCUCGACCCAGAGGCGCAACCGCCCUUUGGCCGUCCGCCGCCUGAAUGGAAGGACCCGGAGAAGGAUCGGUAUGGGUGGAAAGCGAAGGAGAAGAUCAGGCCGAGGAGCCAUUUGACAUUAUACGUCAAGGGAGGGCUUUGGAUGCGUAUGGGCGAAGCAGCGCCGCCCUGA